CCGACGUUUAGUGUCGACUGACUGCUCUUUCAGACAAAACGCAACGCGGCGCGGAUCGCGUUCGGAAAAAAGUGAAAAGUUUAUAACAAAAAAAAAUUAACGUAAGGUGUGCGCGCUUGCUCACGUAACGUAAUAAAAAGUGUGAAACAAAAACGUAACGCAAUUGUAGUGACUUGAGAACGGAAAAGGUCUACGAAUAAAAAGUUGCAUAGCCGCACACAGCGCGUCCUUCAGCCAGCCGCACUUCUACAUACGUGCACAUCGCCACAAAACUUAACUAUCUCUCUCCCCUACGCCCCACUCCAGCAGAAUGCUACGCUGUCAGUGCAGCUUAUUUAGCGUGUUUGUGCUUUUUGCGCUCACCAAUGCUUUCGAUAUCACACGCAUGGAACCCAUUGCCGAUAAAAACAUACACACCGGAAAUCGUAUGCUCUACGAAAGGGAAAUCAACGCGAACAUUUCGCAUGCGGCGGCAGCAGAAGAGGAUGCAGCAGAUGGUGUGCUCGAUGUAAAUGAGAUCCCAGUGCGUUUCGAUGAUGCACAACUGUGGCGUAUCUAUAAUAUAUCAGAGCAUAUGCAGAACAACAUGCCGUUGGCAGAGAUGCUGGAGAGUAAAUUUGGCGGCGUUAUUUGGAAGGAAAACUCGAAAUUUCUGGAUAUCUCCAUAAAUAAGGAGAACUUGAAAGCAGCGCGCAGCUAUCUCUCUGAGCACAACAUCGAUAAAGAGGUGAUAAAUACGAAUAUACAGGAGAUGAUCGACGCUGCCGAAUUAGAGGGCAUCAAGGCGAGCCAAGCGGAGGCGGGCAGUCGUACAAAGAAACAAACAAGCAGCGGCAUUGAUUGGAAGGACUACCAUGAUUUGGAAACGAUUUAUGCGUUCAUGCGUGAAAUUCGCCAGAAAUUUCCGAAAAUCUGUCGUUUGUACUCGAUUGGAAAGUCGGCGGAGGGACGUGAUCUGAAGGUGUUGAGAAUCUCGGAGAACCCACGUGAGUACAAAAAGAUCUGGAUCGAUGGCGGCAUUCACGCACGCGAGUGGAUCAGUCCGGCAACAGUUACUUUCAUACUUUAUCAGUUAAUGAUCAAAUGGGAAGAGCAACCGGAUUAUAUAAAGCAACGCACUUGGUACAUUAUGCCCGUUAUGAAUCCAGAUGGCUACGUCUACAGUCGCAAAGUGAAUAGAAUGUGGCGUAAGAAUCGGGCACGUAUUCCAGGUUCGAAGUGUAUUGGUGUCGAUUUGAAUCGUAAUUUCAAUAUUGGUUGGAAAGGACGUGGCUCGUCGACAGAUCCGUGUAGUGACGUAUAUCGUGGCGCAAGCGCCGGCUCUGAAUUGGAAACGAAAGCAGUGGUGAAUUUUCUGUUGCGACGCAAACAUAACCUAGAAGCUUAUUUGACAUUCCACAGUUACGGUCAAGCCAUUGUCUAUCCGUGGGCAUACAAAGCGGCGAAGGUGAAGGAUUCUGCCUUAUUGCAACGCGUUGGCCAAACGGCUGUGCAACGCAUUCUCAGUAAGACCAAGUCUGUGUAUACAAGUGGUGUGACGUAUCAACUCCUGAGUGUUGCCGGUGGCGGUUCGGAUGAUUGGACGCGCGCAGCUUGUGAUGUCAAAUAUGUUUACACCGUGGAGUUGCGUGAUACCGGCAAAUAUGGUUUUCAACUACCGCCUUCGCAGAUAAUCGGCACUGGCGAGGAGGGCCUGAUCAUUGUGGAAGCUGUAGCUCAGGCUAUUACACUUUAAUCUAAUUUAUUUAUAUAAAUUUAUUUAUUUAUAUAAAGGUAUGUGUGUGUUUGAUGAAUGUGUGCAUGUUUUGAAAGAAAAAAAAACUAAAUAUAUACAGACAAUUUUACCAAUAAGCUAUGUGCAUAUGUACUACUACAUUAUGUGUGCGUUGAAAAGAAAUAAUAAAAAUCUAUAUAAUUGAUAAA